AUGGUCCCAUUGAUCAGGAUACCAUUGUUGAACACCACCCGUUCCUGCAACACCUCCUCUUUUGUCACUGCAACCGGCCGGAUGCAGAGUGGGGAGCGAAUGAAACACUCUGCCUUCUCCCAAGUCGGCACACCGCUUCCGGAUGGCGAUACCCAGACCCCCAGCAGUCUCUCCGCGUCGUCCGCUCCGGCCCACUUAAAGCCUCAGCCCCCGUCGUCAAACUUAGAAGGCUGGGAGAUCGCUCCGAAUCGGCGCCUGGUUGGGGGAGCUACGGAGGCACUGACAGCAGAAUGGACGGAACAGGAGGUUAAGAACGCCUUUGUAGCGAUGGCGAACAUCAUGUCUCCAGGAAGCGACGGGCUUCCGAAAGAGCUUUACGAAGCACAUUGGGACCUGCUGGGGGGAAGUUUCAUGGCAAUGGCGAGAGAUUUUGAAUCAUCGGCCUCUCUACCGGCGGAGAUAAAAGAAGCGGUGACGAUUCUCCUUCACAGAAAGGGUGACCGUGAUCAACUCAACAACUACAGGCCUAUAACGCUGCUGAACUUUGCUUACAAGGUGUUGGCGAGGGUGGUGGCGGAUCGCAUGAAAUCGAACGGCAACAAGGAUUGGUAUCUCCUCCUCAUUGACUUCCAAAAAGCUUUUGAUUCCGUGUUCAGGGAUUUCCUCUUCUAG